AUGGGUGGACUAGCCUCACAGGGCUGUGGAAUGUGUGUAGAUGCCAAAGCUGAAAUGAGAACCGUUCGGGUCACUGGACUCCACUCGUUGGUGCUGUGGAGGAAUGUUUGCAAUAAAGGCCAGGAAGAACAUAUGGAGGUGCAGAGCUAUGGGAAAGCUGUCCUGACCGUGCUGGUCGUCCUGGCUGGGUUGGCAGGUUCUGGAUCUGGUAAUGAAGUCAUAGAAGGCCCCCAAAAUGCAACAGUCCUGAAGGGCUCCCAGGCUCGCUUCAACUGCAGUGUCUCCCAGGGCUGGAAGCUCAUCAUGUGGGCUGUCAAUGACAUGGUGGUGCUGAGCAUCAGGCCUAUGGAGCCCAUCAUCACCAAUGACCACUUCACCUCUCAGAGGUAUGACCAGGGCGGGAACUUCACCUCGGAGAUGAUCAUCCACAAUGUGCAUCCUAGUGAUUCGGGGAACAUCAGAUGCAGCCUCCAGAACAGUCGCCUGCAUGGAUCUGCUGUGUAUGGAUCUGCUGUAACCUCACAAGAAGAGUGGAUAAUGCAAGUUGCACAAAUAAUAGGGAUGCCAGCCACCCAGAUGCUGGCAAGUGAGAUGGAAGGGAGGCAAACUCGGGUUCCAAUCAAGAGGGUAGCUGACAGAGUCAAUAAAGCCUUCAUGGAUGAUUUCAUGGACAAGGUGCCAUUGAAGAUGUGCUUUCCAGUUAUGGGAGAGUUGUUCAUUCCCAAUGUUAAUCUUGUAGUCGCUGAGAGUGAGCUUCGUAAAGUCACUUGUCGAGCCUCGCACUGGACCCGGCUCCCAGAUAUUUCCUGGGAGCUCGGUCUCCUGGUCAGCCAUUCAAGCUAUUAUUUUGUUCCGGAGCCCAGCAACCUUCAAAGUGCAGUGAGCAUCCUGGCUCUGACCCCACAGAGCAAUGGGACUUUGACAUGUGUGGCUACCUGGAAGAGCCUGAAGGCCCGCAAGUCUGCAACUGUAAAUCUCACUGUGAUUCGGCGUCCCCAAGGCACCGGAGGCGGUAUUAAUAUUCCAGGUAUGUUAUCAAGUUUACCAGGCUUAGGUUUUUCAUUGCCUACUUGGGGCAAAGUUGGACUUGGAUUAGCAGGCACCAUGCUUCUGACGCUGACGUGUGCUCUUACAAUACACUGCGGCUGCUGCCACUGUUGUGGCUGCAAAUGCUGCUGCCGUUGUUGUUUCUGCUGCAGAAGAAAAAGAGGAUUUCGUAUUCAAUUUCAAAGGAAAUCUGAAAAAGAGAAGACAAAAACUAAGACAGAAAGUGGAAAUGAAGACUCUGGCUACAAUUCAGAUGAACCAAAGACCACAGAAACCGCUUCUCUCCCUCCAAAAUCCUGUGAAUCUAGUGAUCCUGAACAAAGAAGCAGUAGCUGUGGCCCUCCUCGACAGGAGGCUGAUCAAUGUCCACCUAGGCCAGCAAGUCAUCCACAGGCUUCUUUUAAUCUGGCCAGUCCUGAGGUCAGGAAUACAAUUGUAGUAUAGCAAAGACUUCCCCAAGCUCCACUGAGCACUUGGCUGACAAUUUACAACACAGUGAUGACAUCCUUCCUUUCCAUCCUGAGACUGGCCUGCAGCUUUGCCAACAUUACCUGAAGAGGAGAUGUCAGAGUCAUCAGAACUGAUACUUGACAGUGAGAGAAGGAAUUGAUUUUUCCAGAUUUCAAAGUAGAAUGUGACUUUUAAGAGGUUUCAAGGUUUUUGUGAAUUCCAUGAAGUUACUAAGUAAAAGCUGCAAAUUCAUUAUAUUUUUCUUAACACUCAACACUCCUACUUGUGAAUCCAACAAAUGGUAGAUGAAAGUCUGUAUUCUACCAUGACUUUCAAAAGUUUUUGUUAUCUUAAAGCAUAUGAAGAUGAUAUUUAUGUAUAUUUAAUAUGUAGGGGUAUUAUUACAUAUUAUCAAUGAAAAACAAGUAUAAAAAUUAGGGUCAACCAAAAAUCUACAAUUGACUUCAAAACUGAGCUCAGUUAAAGUAAGAUUCAGUUCUAACGUGGAUGUGCAUGUUCCUAAAUAUCUUAUGAUUGAAUAUUUACAUGAAGACAUUCAUUUUUAUCUGCCUCCUUAUCAAACCUAUUUGCAUCUCCUCAAAUGAAAUAGAUGUGGCUUAUGCUUUGCAGAGGAUGGACCUCACCUACUCUGCACACCAUGAAAAAACUGGAAAUGGGCAUUGUAGUAUUUAAUUUAUAAAAACACCAAAAAAUGUGUAUUGCCUU